AUGGCGUUGUACUCUCCCCCACCACCGGCUCGGCCAUUCUCUGAUACCAAGCCGGUUCUGUUGGUAUCAUGGUGGAUCACGAUAUUCUGCGCCGUCACCAUCGUGGUCCGUCUCCUCGGCCGAUGGGUGCGGGUCGAGAAACUCUUCCUCGAGGACACAUACGUCGCUGCGGCGCUCAUCCCGCUCUUUCUGCGAAUGGCAUUCGUGCACCCCAUCCUGAUCUACGGCACGAACAACGUGCUCGUCCCCGACGGUUCCGUUUUAAGCGACGAAGAGGCUCAGCGCCGCUCAAUCGGCAGCCGCUUGGUCCUGGUCAGUCGGAUACUCCAGCCAGCAAUAUUAUGGCUCCUCAAAGCCGCGACGCUCGAGUUCUUCCACCGGCUCGUGGGCCAGGCCGGCAAGAAACGCUACAAUCUUCUCCUCCGCUCCUUGCUCGUCUCGCUCCCCGUGACCUUCCUCGCCAUCAUCAUCGCCGACCUGGCCGAGUGCCGGCCUUUCCCCCACUACUGGCAGGUGGUCCCCGACCCCGGCGGGCAGUGCCGUCAGGGAUACGCGCAGCUCCUGACGCUCACCGUCUGCAACGUCCUCACCGACCUGCUGCUGGUGGUCUUCCCCGUGCCGAUCGUGGUGCGGAGCCGGCUGUCGAUGGGGAGGAAGGUGAUCCUGGUUGGCUUGUUCUGCCUGCACGUGCCCACGGUGGUGGUGGCGAUCUACAGGGUGCCCAAGAUCCUGCAGGAGGACGGAUACCAGCCGACGAGGACGAUGUGGGCGUCGGCGGAGAUACUGGUGGCGACGUUCGCGGCGAAUGCGCUUGCCAUCGGCACGUUUGUGAGGGGCACGGGCGCGAAGAAGAAGAGGCUGCGGUAUGAGCCUCACUCGGAGUCUGGGCUGGGCUCGAGUGCGCGGCGUGAGUCGAGGGUCAAGGGCAUCUCUCGGCACAAAUCAAAUUCAGGUGACGACGACGAGGCCGCAGCACGAGGAAGCGCCUCGAGCCGGAGCGGAAGCCCGGACUUAUUGUUCCCGAAGAACCGCUUCGACUCUUCAACGGCGGACAACGCCACCGCGGUCGUCAAAACUACAACCAUAAACAUAACCGUCUCGCCGGCACCGAGCCCCCCACACGACGAAGACAGGGACGGAACAAGGGGACUGAUGCUCAGACCUGUCAAUGGCGUGGUCAUGGCAAGUAUUAGGGGCAGGCAACGAGGCUCAGCCAUUCCGCUUCAAAAUCUGAACGCCUUGCCUGACGCCCACGGAGGCCCACGAGGCCAAUGA